AAUCUAAAUCCCUUACGCGUCGUUGUACCGUUUACCACUCUAACUAAUGUUCAGUAUUCCUUUUUCUAUUCUACUUCUUCUGAUUGGAAUAAUCUACCACCGUAUGUUGCUUCAGCACCUACUGUGAAAUCUUUUAAAAGCAAUUUAAAAUGGUACUUGAGUUUUUUCUGAUCUGUUAUCUACGUACGUGAUAUUUUUCUAUCAGGUGUAAGUCUACUACAGCUCUUUUGUUGUUGCUACAAGCCCUCAUGCUUUUUGAUGUACCUCCUUUGACACAAUGUAACAUCUUUUAUUAUUACUUUCUGUUUGUUGUCAAUAAAUAUAAAAGAAAAGAAAAGAAAGAAAAGACAUUUUUGAAGGCCAAAAGACACCCAAGCAGUUCAUUACUAACAUCAUCGUACCGCUGCCAAAGAAAGGUGAUCUAAAGAUAUGGACGAUGAACAACAAAUGUACCAUCAAAGUGGAAAACUAGUUCGAUUUCUUGAUUCUUGGAAAUCAUCAGGAGAAAAUCUGUUUGAACGAAUAUCUCAAUUAACUUCAGCCAUGGCGAAAGCUAGUUAUUGGAAUGCACUAGAAGUUGAUAUUAUUCAAGCAUGGUUAGACGCUCUUCAAUACAUUCAGUACAAGCCUCCGUCCUUAGUGAAAGAAAAAAAGAGUCACACUCAACAACUUAGGCGAACAGCUGUUUGUGCUACAGGACUAAUGGAAUGCUUAGAUGAAGGCUGGACAGCGACUUUUCCAGAACUAAAAAAGCGUCUUGCCGGUGAUAUGGAUGUGUUCAUGUUUUUGUCUUCUACAUCUAAAAGUUCACACGAAAUGCAACAGGCUCUACGGCAACAAGCAACAGUGCAAGUCUUUUAUGAGGACCGUAAUCUAGAUCCAAAGUUCAUGCAAACGUGUUCUUCAGAUUUCAAGUUACGAUCUGAUCUCACCAUUAAUAGCUUCUUACAACAAAUAUGGGCCAUAUUAAAAUGCCACGAUUUAGUUAUUGAGUAUUUGAAGAAAAUGAAUGUUGAAUAUCAGUUACUUGUUCGAGCUAGGGCUGAUCACUGA